AUGCAAACUCUCGUAAGAAUGUCAGUCCUUAAUAGUUCUCGUCGGUGAUACCGGCUACUAUUCAACUACACACACCGUGUUAUCCCUUCCAGCAUGGUAUAGCGCAUGAUCGUACAAACAUACGCGCAAUCUAUAUUUACUAUGCGUUAUGUCGUCGCUCUUCCCCGUUGCUACCACCUCGUCAGCCUCGUCUUCGCGUUCGCCCCUGUUCAGUGUUCGCCCCCGCUCCCGGCUCCCGUCCGAUCGUGGGUUUGCGACCAACGUCGCUUGCAAGUUGCAACGGCGACCGCCGCGCUAGUUUGACUGGUUUGACGUUUCCGUCACGAGUGGUGAGAGGUGCGCGAUCUGGCACGAUCGCAGCGGCGACGGUAGAACGGCAGAAGCAGAAGCAGAAGCAAGCGAGCUCGAUUUGUUUCGCGUCUAUUACGUGGCUCUUGCCAAUUUUGACUGGGCGAUUACGACCGAUCCAACGGCAUCGAUAAUUUCCUCGGAUUCCCUUUCCUCACGAACGACGGUCGUCACACCAUCGUUCGCCCUCUCAUCUGUAUGCCUUGCGUACGCCCCCACCGUCGCCGAUUUUCCAUGAAUGUUGAUAUCGUCUUCCCACAACCGUUGGUGAUGCAAAUAUCCUUCCUUGAUUUGAAGUCUGCAAGAUGGUUCUCAUUGUCCAGUUCCAAUUUUAGCUGAGAUUAAUACAGAAAUAGCGAAACGAAUACAGUCCAGCUUGGUGGUAAUGCGGGGAUGUGGAUCUGUUUCGACCCAAUAGGAAGCCGAAUAGGCUGGGUUACUUCCAUUUCGUUCGUCAUACUCUUGUAUUGGACCUCUAUUGAUGCCAGCCUAACGAAUGCAGCGGCGUCCAAUGUCCCUCGUAAUACUGUCACGUCGGAUAUAUCGAUACCCGCGUCGGCACACCACGAGAACGACGAAUGCAGGAAUGUGACCACUGACAAUAGAGAGGGUACUGGACUGUCAGUGGUCAGCCAUGGAUCCGGUUAUCCUCAUUCGCCGAUAGUGCCUCCAACCUUUCUGAACGGAGCUCUUACCUGCCAACCCUAUCAAGGAAUUUACGUGAAUCACAUCUACUUUCAACUCGCAAAUGCCUUCUUCCUAUUGUCACACCUUGCACCAAGCGGCAUACAUGGUGUACUUUAUUUAAGGUGCACUCUACUUGUGGGCUGUGCCUUUCUUGCUUUGUGGGGCUGGACAAUAGCUUGCUGGCUGGAUGCUGCUCUCUGGAAUGCUCUAUUUGUUGCCAUCAACUUCGUCCAUGUAUGCACGCUUCUUUACAAGCUCAGGCCUAUCAAGUUUACAAGGGAAAUUGAAGAGGUAUAUGUUGCAGUAUUCCAGCCAUUACGAGUGUCACGUCAUCAAUUCAGAAAAGUAUUAAAUUGUAUGAAGAUCAUUCGCCAGUUGAAGUAUCAAGAGGUUUAUGCACAAGAAAAAGUGACCAAAGUUGAUUCUUUAUCGUUGGUGCUGUCGGGAAAACUAGUUGUAUCACAAAAUGGAAGAGCAUUGCAUAUCGUCUUCCCACAUCAGUUCCUGGAUUCUCCAGAAUGGUUUGGUGUCUCGACAGAUGAAUACUUCCAGGUGUCUAUAACAGCUAUGGAAGAGUCAAGAAUACUAUUAUGGCAUAGAGACAAACUAAAAUUAAGCAUUAUUAGCGAUCAAUUCCUGCAGGCAGUGUUUGAUCACAUUUUGGGCAGAGAUGUAGUUAAAAAAUUGAUGCAGGUGAGUGAAACGAUGGCUGCUAGCAGUCAUCAGCAACAGAAUGGACAGAUAAUUGGUCUGGGUGGUAUUGGAGCCUUAGAAAAUGAUCCUGAUACAAAACUUUUUGUUGUAAAAAAGACUGGUGAUAGUCAAGGGAUUACUGCUCUCAUCAGUCGUCAACUUCAAGCGGCAGGAGAUCCGAAUGCUUGGAGAUUGGGAAGAAUCGAAGAGACUGAUCACGAAACACCUGUUUAAUGAAAUGAUUGUUAAAUCGAUGUCAUCCUCGACAGUCAAUAUAACGUAACACCGGUGUUUUUACAUAAUGCAAUUACAGCAAGCUGAUAUUUAUUGUGACUAAAUAAUGUGCAUAUUGAAACUGUGCGUAGAAAAAAUUGAACUUUCUCUUGCCAAUUAAUAAUUUUCCCAGUGGCUAGUCAACCGUAUGCGAUAAUAAGAGAAAAUUCCAUCGUUUUGUAGCGUAUGAUAAAUUCCAUUCUAGUUUAUAAAGCAACUAAUCAAUAAGUUUAUGCUUCCAGUAUAUUUGUUGGGUAUGCUUGAACAUAUUGAAUUUAAGAGUGGCUAUAUUUAUAAUUUACUCCAUUAAAAUAUUUUGGUAUGUUCUAUGAUGAAUGAAUAAUGGAUUAAGACUUUACAAGUAUGCAAGUGUAAUGAAAUGAGGGUGACAUAUUCACAGCGGCGUAACUUCUGUUAAUGCGAGGUCUGUGAUGUCGUGGUGGGACUUGAUAGAAGUUAGGGAGGCCUAAAGAAACUGAUUCUUUCCCAUACCCGGAAAUAGUGCCUUUUUACUUACACUUCCUUUCUUAAUGUUUCCAUGGAGAAAAUAUGUACAAUAUACUACUAUAUGCGCCAUAUAACUUAUAUAUUUAUCCAAUGUAUCUCGUAGAGUUCUCCAAAUGUCGCUGUAUUACAUGUUUGAAGAUCCAUGUUGUGAUACUGUUAAGCAACCGAUGUUCACGAGUCAAAGAGGCACAAGAAGUUACGCCAUUAUUAACGCAUUGAAUAUUACGAAGUAUAAUAUAAUACAACAGAACAUUGUUGCGAGAUUUAUAUCGCUACAUUGCUGCUAGAGACGCCGAAUCGCGUAUACAACUUUCGAUACUAAACAUAAAAAAUUAUUACGAAUUGCUACAGGAUAAUAUUGUAAUUACAAUCAUAAUGCAUUGAUAUACCUAACAUCAAGUUAAUUGUUUCAUUAUUAUUUUAUUUAUUUACAACAGUGCGUAUGAUAAUAAUUGUUUUAUAUAAUUGGAUAAGUGAAAGUAAAUACUUUAAGAUGUAUAUUAUGUAAAACAAAUCGAAGGAAAUUCCUUAAAAAAAGAAAAAAAACGUCAAUGAUGAUCGAGGAGAAAAAAAUACAAUUGGAACAAUGAGGCUUCAAAUAAAGGUCUCGCUUUUAACGGUUAAAAUAUUUCGGUAAUCAAACUAUUGAAUGAAUAAACACUUUGGAAACAA